AUGGAGGGAUUAUUGGAUCCUCAUUAUGUAUGUGAACCAUAUGAAGCAAUAGGAGCUAUUAAUGAUUCUUUACAACCUGAAUGUUUUAAUGGAAUGAAGAUUGAAAUUACAAAACAACAUAAUGAAAAUUUAGUAACUGGUCAUUACUUCACUAUAGAACCACCAUCUCCAAAAGGGCAAAAGUUUAAUCGAAUUCAUUCAUUCUUAUAUUCAGGGUAUUGGGGAAAUGUCAUCGCAAGGCUUGAUAAUGAAAUGAAAGGGUCUUUUUUAUCAUCAUUUAAUUUACUAUCAAAGCAAAUAUCAGGAAGUUUUCGAAUCGCAAAUGGAGAAGACAACGAAAUUGAAGCAGGAAUUGAUGGGAAAGUGACUGGAUUUGGAAAGUGUUUUGGAAUGAGAUAUGAAAAAGGGGGUUUAUAUGUAUUAAAUUUAAUGCAAAAAAUAACAGACUCAUGUUCUGUUGGUACUGAAUGUUGUCUCAUUCCAAGUAAGAAAAUAAGAACAAAUUCGUAUGGAUUAUUAUGGAACAUUACUCCUCAAAUCAUUUCUACUUUUAUUUAUUCUCAAUUAAAUCAAACAUUAUUCUCUACUUUCCGUUAUUCACCAUCUCAAUAUCUUACUUAUGGUUGUCAAUUUGUUUAUCAAAAUAAACCACAAAAAGCAAUUUAUGGAUUACUUGCUUUUGAACAUUCCUCACAAGACUCAUCAUUUAAAACAAUAGUUAACACUCAAGGAACACUCUCUUCUUGUUUUCAAACAAACCUUCGUCAAAUAGCUUCCAAUUUAUUAUUAUCUGUUCAAGCAAAUCCUUUUGUUGGAAGUUAUUCUUGGGGUAUUUCUAUUCAAAUCUUUCGUUAA